AUGGAACCCUCCCAACAAUCCGCUAUUAUGUCGCCGGCAAUCUCUGCCAUUCAGCUCCAUGCUCCCAUGCAAAGUUCUGAAACACCCCCUCAGCCCUCCUCUCCACCACUCGAAAACAUGAACAGUGGAUCUAGUAUCGAUGAGCCAACUCCAGCAGAGAAGUUGAUUUCGAAAUACAACCUCGAAAACUUUCCCAUGUGCCUUCCAUCCGCGGAUAUAUAUAUCGACCAAGACAGGAUUUUGCAAAAUCUUUCUGAUUUACAGCUCGUGACUGACCGAAACCUAAGAUCCAACCAUAUCUUUGGGUUUACUAAAGAGGGCCAUUUCUAUGAUUACAAGGUUAGAGAUCAGCCACCAGGGGAUCCUAAUCGUCUUCCCUUAUAUGACAAUCCAGGAGCUAUUUCGGGGUUUACAGACUCCGAGGUUGAAAGAAUAUUGAAGUGCGAUGACCCCGCUGAGAGCUACAGGUUUUAG